AUGGGAACCAAAGCUCUUAUUCUGAUCACCGUGGCCUUGACCAUGCUUGGGACGGCGCUCGGUGCCAGCCGCACCGUGGAUGCGCCGGAUGGGUCAUGGGACCUUCAGACCAACUACUCCCAGUGGGUUUCGAGAAUCAAGUUAACCACCGGCGAUGAGCUCAAGUUCCAGUACUCUGCCGCCGUUCACAGCGUGGUGGAGGUGAGCAAGACGGGAUAUGACUCCUGCAAUGGCUCCAGCCCCAUAGCGACUUUCCCGACCGGUAAUGAUGUUGUUCCGCUUGCCAAUGUUGGGACCCGGUAUUUCAUCUGCGGCGUCUCUGGGCACUGCGACGCCGGCAUGAAGGUCGAGGUCAACGUCAAGUCGAAAGAAGUGCGGACAGUACAACGGUGCCGACGGAUAGGGAACCGGCGUUGGUGCCAGUCUGAGAAAGUAUUAAGCUCAGCUGCGGCGGCUAGCAUUGAACAAUCUACAGUGGCCCGGUUCGGUCUAAUAGUUGUUGCGGCUGGUCUUACGUUGUUAUUUUAG